AUGGACCACGAUGCAAGUUUCGAGGGCAUCAUCCAACGCGUCUGUGUUCCUGGCUGGUCGAAAGCCGAGGAAAAGGUUUGCUAUCGGAUCUUUUUCGAUAUUUGUCGGGAGACGCAAGAUGUUCAUCAACCGCGAGUUUUCAACUCAUUAUGGUCGCGGUUGUCUCAAGAAAUGACCAUAGCAGUGCGAAAAUCAUUUUCAAUCAUUAAGGUGAUGAAAAAAAUCAGCAUGCUACGUACACACUUCCGGGAAUUUCAACAGUAUGUUGCGCUCCCAGGAGUCACCAUCUACGGAGGCAAAGGUCUUGUGCAGGUUUCCGCACUUUAUUGGUUGCAUGUCGGCCAGAAGACUGACUACGAGUGUUACUUCCGAAUCUUCGGCUUUCAUUGGUACAUGGAAUGCAUGGAACUAUGGGGUGAGCGCGCGACUACUGAGGUAGACCUGACAGGUAUAGCCGGUGCCGUCCACGCCAAACCUCUGACAUUUGACGACACCGAUGAGGAUAUUGAUGUGGAGAUCGUCCUGGUGGGUGAAGAAGAAGUUCCAGACAACCAAAUUGGUGAUAAUGGCGCCCAAGAUAUUAAUGUGGCGGCCCCAUUGCAUGGACCCAUUGCCCCCGACCAUGACGAAGUUCCCAUCAUCGAUUUAGAUUACGUCGAGGAGUCGGAUGCCAUGGACCUUCACAGUGAUUGCGAGUCAUGUGUUGAAUCCGUCUAA